GGGAGAAAAAGGAGAGAGAGGAAAAAAGAAUGUGUGUAUAUAAAUAAGUAACGGAUGGGGUACGAGGAGGAGGUGGGGCAUCAGCGAAAGUUAGAGAAGUCGAUGUUCAUGCCAUCAGGUUGGAGGCUACCCAGGCAGAAUACAAGGUGUUGCUCCUCCAACCUGAGGGUGGCUUCAUCUUUACAGUAGAGGAGGCCAUGGAUAGACAUAUCAGAAUGGGAAUGGGAUGUGGAAUUAAAAUGUGUGGCCACUGGGAGAUCCUGAUUUCUCUGGCGGACAGAGCGUAAGUGUUCAGCAAAAUGAUCUCCCAGUCUGCGUUGGGUCUCGCCAAUAUAUAGAAAAUUUAUUUUGUUUUUAAGUGUUUCUUUUAUAGCAUAAAACAUUAGCUUUCAAUAGUCUAUAGAACCUCCCUCAAUAAAUAAACUCAAGUUCAUUCUCCCAUUUAUUUAUUUGAAGUUUCUUCUACAGAAUUUCCUUUCACAGAUAUGAGUUUUUUAGUUGUCUGAAGCUAAGUUCCUGAACCUUUUUUAAGAGUUUUGACUGGAUAGCAGCCUAGAAUUAUUGAGUAUAUGCAUGGGCUGUCUACAAAAUGGUUGAACUCUCACAAUGCAGCUUUAGACCAACUUCCUUCAGAAUCCAACAAACAUUACGUAUUGGAGCACAUCAAGAUUUAGUGGCAGUUAGAAUAUGCUGGUUUUGUUUUGUACUUGUACAGCAAUAAAAAAAUCAGGCAGUACAACACCUAUUAUAGUAUUUUUCAAUGUUACUGAAAGAAGAAUUAAGCUUGGUUAGGAAAAUCAAUGCAAUUAUUACUGUGUACAAUAAUUUGUAAUGUAAACCUGCAACUUCAUUUUAUAGAAAUGACCUGCCUAUUCUCUUGUAUUCAGGUCUCUGAAUGUUACUGCCACCACAGCUCUGAUAAAUUUGUGACUGAAGUUGCAGGGUAUUGGAAACCUUGUGGCAUCAGUGCUUCAGCUUGGGCCCUGGCCUUCCUGACUACAUGACUGCUAGACUCCCUGAUCAAAAUCUCAGACUGUGCUACCUUGUGGGAAAACACCUGAUUUCAAAAUUGAAAUUUUUGUCUUUUCUGAUCUGAUGACGGAUGACCUAAUGAAUUUACCAAAAAAAUUCAGAGAUAAGUACAUCAUUUCAAAAGCACUUGGCUCGGGUGUUUGUGGAGAGGUGAAGUUGGCAUUUGAGAAGACAACUUGCAAGAAGGUAGCUGUGAAGAUUGUGCAUAAACCAAAAUUUGCAAAACUUGUAACUGAGCGAGGAGAUGUAUCUUCUAAUGUUGCAACAGAGAUUGAAAUUCUAAAGAAAUUGGACCAUCCUUGUAUAAUCAAGAUUGAAGAGGUGUUUGAUUUUGAAGAUGCUUUCUACAUUGUACUGGAUUUGAUGGAAGGUGGAGAGCUUUUUGAUCGAGUGGCUCGCUCAAAAGGACUGAAAGAAGAAACAGCCAAAUUGCUCUUCUAUCAGAUGCUGCUUGCAGUCCAAUAUCUUCAUGACAAUAAUAUUACUCACAGAGAUCUUAAGCCUGAAAAUGUGUUGCUCAAAAGCAAUGAGGAGAACUGCCUUCUUAAGAUUACAGAUUUUGGUUUAUCAAAGAUCGUAGGAGAAGCCUCACUGAUGAAGACGUUAUGUGGAACACCCACCUAUCUAGCUCCAGAGGUGCUGUUGGGUGCUGGAGCAGGCUCCUAUUCUAAAGCAGUGGAUUGCUGGAGCCUUGGAGUUAUACUUUUCAUUUGCUUGGCUGGGUAUCCACCAUUUAGUGAUCAAAACAAGGAGAUGGCACUGAGGGAUCAAAUUAUAAAAGGUCAUUACAAACUAAUCCGUGACUGCUGGGUGAAUGUCUCUGAAACAGCAAAGGACUUGGUGAAGAGGUUGCUUGUUGUAGAUCCAGAGAAAAGACUCUCAACAGAAGAGGCACUUAAUCACCCAUGGAUGCAGGAUGAAGGUAUGAAGAGAAGAGUAAAGCAGUUGAUGUAUCCACAAACUGAAUUAAUGUUACCACCAGGCACAGGUGAACAGCCAUCAACUAGUAGAAAGAGAGCACGUGAAGAGGAUGAGCCCUUGCCUGCUAAACGUCCUACACAUUCUGCUCUGAACAAUAAAGCUGCUCAGGAGUAGGAAAACGAGAGUGGAUGUAACGUAAGAUUUAUCUUGCACGUGUGUGGAAACAAGAAACUGAUUCUACUUGAUCUAUUCUGGAUACUAUCUAUUUCACACAGGAAUUUUUCUAAAUAAUGUUUUUUCUACCAGUGUAUCUCGAAAUGUUUGUCAUGUUUGAAAUUCAAUACUUCUAAUUAGUUUCAUACUAUUAUUGGGAGACUACAGUGGAAGAUCACUUGCACUCCUGCCAAAUAAUUAUUUUACCUUUUACAUGCUUUCCUAAAAGUAUUGAAAGGUUAAAUUCUCAAGGGAAUUUAAUUGUCUUAUUUAGUACAGAUAAGACCAGCUAAAGAACUUGAUGCUGCCUUUUACACAGGUUAAUCUGAAAAAAAAAAUGGUGAUUGGAUAGGGGUCUACUCAAAGGUUGAGGUGGGAAAAUUUCAAGAUUGAAUUAGGACAAAUGACCACUUUAAUCACUGCUGCUGGUACUAAUUGAUGUGAAGCUGCCAAUUGAUUUAUGUGGGCUGGAUCCCAAAGAUUUGAUAUGCAACAGCGGCCUUUAGCCCUAGAAAGUGAAAGCAAAGGCACUUUGUAUAUAUUUAUGGUGGAAACUGGAGGUUUCCUUAGUUUUUUUUACUCUCGUGAGAGCUGCCAUUUUUAUUGCAAUUUUGUAAGUGAGAAGUUGCCAUUGUAUUGUUUUCUUUGUGUUAGUACUCCACUGUUUUAAAGGGGUGUACCAACUUAAAGUUGUUCUGAGCCAUACAAAUUAGAACACUUUGGUCCAAGUUAAACAGUUGAGGUAGACUGGUAGAGGAGGUGAAUGUCAUCUUUUUUCCCAAAGAUUAAUCUCUGCUGGAGAAUGUAUGUGGAUUAUUGCAAAUCUUUGAUGCUUGUUGUAGACAUGGUUACAGCUCCUGCUGAGAUACUGGAAGUGCCCUGCACGAUAGGUAUAGAGUAAGUAAAUUGUGAAGUCUAUUGUAAAUAUAAUAUUUACAGGUAUGUAAAUUCUGCUCCUUGUGCCAAACAACUUGAACAGAUUGGAGGUAUUGUAUUUCCUUAUUUCUGUAUAUUGGUAGCACCUGAAUGAUCAUGCAAGCUUGCCUGUCACUUUGUAAAGUAACAGGACCAUUUUGAGGCUACAUUUACACAAAACCUAAUGAUGCCUUCUCAUCUUUUUAAGUUUGUGAAAUUGUUUUGAAAAUAAUACUAUGAUUGGCCACCAAUCUCAGGACCAGUUUUGAUCUGAGAUAUGGCAUUGAGAUUCCACCUGCAGUGUUAUAUGAUCUUUUGUUUUGAUACCUUUUAUGUUUAAAGUAUUUUGCUUCUGUUAAUAACAUUUUAAUUUAGUUUGGUGCAAACCAAAUAAACAAUAGAUUACUAUCAGAUGUGAUCAGAGAAUUGUCUCUUUAUUUUUAAUGUACACCUGUAUAUUCUGAGCACCUAAUUGCAUUUUUCAACCUUUUUCUGUUUUUCUAUUUUUGUUAUUAUACUUCUAUUGUAGAUAAACUGCCUUUGGAGCAGUGUGAAUGUUGCCAAUUUCUUUUUGGGCAUUCUGUAUUGUUGAGAUCUUCUGUGUGAUUUUUGCUGCAAAGUUAUUGUGAUGAACUGAACGCUAGUUCGAGGAAGAAUGGGGAGCGUGGUUAGAGAACUUUUCCUUUCAGAGUGAUAACUUACUUUGUUUCUUUUUGAUUUUCCACUCCAUGCCAGUUUAAUGAUGAAUUAAAGUGGCAGGUCUGAAACAAGUUGAAAAUAACAUGAAGCAAAUUUAAAUAUCUUGCAUUUUGUCCACUGUUUUGAAAAGCCAUGCAAGUUUUAAUCUAUUGUAUCCUUCGAAUCAUGCUUUCAAGUUUUACAAAAUUUAAAUUAAAAUUUAUAAUCUGUCACAAGCCUUCUAGCUGCAGCUGCCUUAGACAGAUAAGCAGCCUCAUUAUCCCUGAGGAUCACUGAAACACCAUUGUCCUGUCCCCACUAUCUAUCAGUACUAGGAAGGAUAUGCCUACGUAGAAUACAGAUGUGGUAAUGCAACAUGCUAGAUUCUGUGUAAUGGUAAAACAUUUAUUAGUUGACUUUCCACAGCCCCAUUCUCUCAAGUACCUUGUGUAGCUGGUGUUUUGAGCAUUUGAUCAUAAGGCAUAGCUUAUCCCAGUACACUGCUGACCUAUUGAAUAAUUUGAAUUAAAGUAGCUUCUGCCCCACAAUCUUGAAGGGGUCUUGUAAAGAAAACGUUUCUGAUUAAGUUACUGUUUUAUCCAUUUUAGGUUCAUGGUGUAUAUUUUUGGGAAGAUUGUUUAUAUGAAAGUUUUAUAGGUCAAGGUUGAUGCAUAUAUGUAAAAUCAAGAAAAUUCUAAGGUAAUUUUGUACAAAUCAAGGAAUUUCUAAAGCAAUGAUACCCUUGUAUUAUGUUUGGAUAAAAUAAAAUGUUUCC